GGAGGGCUCCGCGGCACCGGCGAUACUUAACGAGGCGCUUUGACGCACACUGCGGACUGAUCGCUCUUCCUCCGCAGACAGACGCGCACCACGCACGGAGCGCACAGAACGCACGCGGGCUCGUUCCGUCCACGCUUAACAAUGCAGUCAAACAUUGAGUAUGAUUUUGCAUUUGAGUUGUACGACAACACCAGUGACAACGUGUCUGACGACUCCGGCUCUGGAGAGUUGGACCUGAACCAAGUGGAGCCGUGCAAUGCACUGGGCAGCGACUUCAACAAGAUCUUCCUUCCUGCCGUUUACGGGGUAAUAUUCAUCCUGGGAAUCGUGGGCAACGGACUGGUCGUCGUCGUCAUGGGCUACCAGAAAAAGGUCAAAACCAUGACCGACAAGUACCGGCUCCAUCUCUCCGUGGCCGACCUCCUGUUCGUCCUCACGCUUCCCUUCUGGGCCGUGGACGCGGCCAAGACCUGGUACUUCGGGAACUUCCUCUGCGUGUCCGUGCACAUGAUCUACACGGUCAACCUGUACAGCAGCGUGCUGAUCCUGGCCUUCAUCAGCCUGGACCGCUACUUGGCAGUGGUGCGGGCCACGAACAGUCAGGCCACGAGGAAGCUGCUCGCCAGCAGGGUGAUCUAUGUUGGCGUGUGGCUGCCUGCCGCCGUGCUCACCGUCCCUGACAUGGUGUUUGCCAGGGAGCACAACACAGACUCUCAGAAUUUCCUCUUCAAGGAUGAAAGCAUGCAGGCUGCCGACUCCAGGACGAUCUGCCAGCGCAUUUACCCACAGGAGACCAGCCUCAUAUGGACAGUGGCCUUCCGCUUCCAGCACAUCCUGGUGGGCUUCGUCCUGCCCGGCCUCGUCAUCCUCAUCUGUUACUGCAUCAUUAUUGCCAAGCUGUCGCGCGGCACCAAGGGCCAGCUGCUGAAGAAGAAGGCCUUGAAGACCACGGUCAUCCUCAUCCUGUGCUUCUUCUCCUGCUGGCUCCCCUACUGCGUCGGCAUCUUCCUGGACACUGUGUUCAUGCUGAAUGUCGUGCGCCCGUCAUGCGAGCUGCAGCAGGCGGUGGAGAAGUGGAUUUCUGUCACCGAGGCGCUGGCCUAUUUUCACUGCUGCCUGAACCCCAUCCUCUACGCUUUCCUGGGAGUUAAGUUUAAGAAAAGUGCCAAGAGCGCCCUGACACCCAGCAGCAAAUCGAGUCAGAGGGCGACUCUCAUGACAAGAAAGCGAGGGCCAAUUUCAUCUGUGUCCACUGAGUCUGAGUCAUCGAGUGUUUUGUCGAGUUAACAAACAUUUGGCCUCAGCGACUGUGACUGGAUCCUUUUAAGCUUUAAUUUGGAAGAACUACAUUUUGUACAGAUGUUAAAAACAGACUUUUUUAUACGUUUGAACCGUUCGCCUUGUUUACUGCAGUCGAGUCCUGUGGGGGCUUUUUGGUUGCAAUUUGUGUAAGUUUUUUAUUCCUCAGAGCAGAUUGCAUCCUCAGGCACUGCCUCAUUUCCAUUCAUUCAGCUUUACAAUCAAGGUCAAUUUGCCUGUUUUCAUCUUUACAACGUGUGUUGCUUUACCAAAGCUCAGCCAUGUACUGGUCCUUUCCUCUUCUCAAGGCUCAGUAGCUGCUUUUGGAAAUCUGUAAAUAGUUGGUAGCAUUUUGUGUGUUCGCACUUACGUUGUGUGAUUUUUAUUUUCGCCGAAAGCUGUUAUUUAUUGUCGUCAAUUACACUGGAAGUUUUGUAAUAUAAUGUGCAUGCUGCUUCUUUUAUCGUUUUGUUGUUGUUUUGUAUUGGGUUUUUUUGUAUGGAAAAAUUAAAAUUUGAGUCUUUUAA